CGACCUUUACAUUUCCAUCUUCUCGUUCUUUUCCUUUUAUUCCGACCGAGAGCAGAGCGAGCGGACAAGUUCAGGGGAGCGACAGAGGAAAAUUUGAGAGCUCCAAUCUUGAGCCCUAGUGAUCCAAAAAUCCUGAAUUUCUUGAAUACCCGAUAAGCCAAAUUAGGGUUUCGGAGUAUCCGGAAGCCGGAUUGAGCCCAAAUUUCAUAUACGAGCUUCCUGCAGCGAGGGGAUAUUAGGGCGGUCUCGGAUUUUAAUUCGGGGUUCGUUCGUGAAAUUGACGUUUUAGUAUGGG